CCGCGCCCUUGUUGAAUGAGAGGGCACCGAACGACCAGCUGCACUCAUUUGACCCAUCACAAGCCGUCGCUAAGCCGACCAUCGAUCCGUUCGGUCGCUAUGUUCUCGAGAUUCGCGGCGUCGUUGCGUCGCGGGCUGUAUCGCCACCACGCGCUGCUUCUCAAGGCGUCCGUCUCGCUCUUCCUCGCGGUCGUGCUAUGCCUCGCCGUCGACCCUCUUGAAUGGAGGCAGGUACGCUCGCCCAC